UUCGCGCUCUCCCCGCCAGACGAGUUCCGACUCUACGCUCGGCCGGACGUGACGUAACGCGCGCAGCGUGGAGAGCGUAGAGAACGUCGUCGUCGUCGUUCUAGUCGUCGUCAACGUUUGCCGUCGCCGUUGCCACACCAGUCAACCCUUUUUCUCUCGCACCGCACGCCGAAAACAGCUGUGUGUGUGCGUAGGGUUGCGUCAAGUGACAAACCGUCUAUACUUCGUGACCAGCAACUUAGUUGCUCGAUGAGGUUCCCUCGCCGCGAAACUGAUUGAGAAGUGCGUCCGAGAGAAAAAAAAGGCAACGGAAGAGUUACCGUUUGGUUUAUUCGCCGCGUCGUAGAACUGCGCCGUUGUUCCGUCUAGACGCGCCGCACGCAAGGGCCGCGUGCGCUCGCACGCCACUCUGCGAUCGUGUUGACAUUUUCGAACGGACGGGACGAGAAGACAAGGCAGCAUCGUCGCGAACGGAAAGUGCAAGUGUCCGGGAAGAACGAGUCGAAUUAAUUCGAGACGUGGCGAGGAACGAAAGAAUUUUGUGAGUGACACGGAUAGAUACCGCGCACAGAAGGGUUGCAGUUUUGUUUUGUGGUUCACUGGAGGAUCGUCGAGGGUUCUCAGGGAUCACGUGCGGAUCGUUUCGAUGCGUACGACCGCGUCGCAGUGAGUAACAAGCGUUUUGAGGAGAGAGAUUUCGUUUGAAUCGUUCGUCGGGAUUGUGAUGGUUGACUCGAGGUCGAACUCGUGACGAUAGAGAUUGUUCGAAGGUAAGCAGUGCAACGCCGUACGGGGUACGAGGGAAAGUUUAAACUUUUGUGAGUGAAAGACAGACACGCGGAGGGACAGAAAGAAAUAGAGAUCUCUGGCAGAAGGCAAAUGCCCGAGGACAUCAAGCAGCGAGAACCCAGUCGCGCGACGAUGUAAGGUUAUGACGCGAGGGAAGAGACUCACCGCGAUCUUGCAGACGUCGCGAUAAAGCGGAAUCGCGAUAUGCAGUAGCUGUUCGAUUCUGGAUCCAGGGACAGCCGCCUUCAAACGACUCGAUUGAACAAAUAUACACACGUACAUAUAUAACUGUCCGAGUGAUGCGAUGUUCACGAGACAUUUAGCGUCACCGAUUGAUCCACGGUAGGCCGCGAUCGCUCUCGCAGCAUCGAUCCCAGGGGCGCGUGCAACCAGCACGUUUUCAAUCACGCGACCGUCUCACCUGUCUGACGUUUUUUCCCCCGUCGUCGAUUGAACGAAAGGCCGGCGUGUGUAACGUCGCGAGAACUACCCGCUUUCGGUGCCGCCGCCGCGGAAGACUGAUCCCUUCACGGGUCACGUGACCGGACCUGCCGGAAAAGAGAGUUCGCCACGGCGAAACCGGAACGCGGCGAAGAUGCUGACUAUGUCGACACUGAUGAUGCCCACGACGAUGACCACCAUGACGAACCCGGGCCCCAUACCGGCCCACAGCGUGCCGCAGAAGAUAGAACCGCCUAAGCUGACCGCAGCGGCCACGCUCACCCAUACCGCGACACCCGCCAACAAAUCAGAACACUACCACAUAUUUGUAGGAGAUCUAAGCCCGGAGAUCGAGACGCAGACCUUGAGGGAAGCCUUCGCUCCCUUCGGCGAAAUCUCGGAUUGCAGAGUCGUCAGAGAUCCACAGACACUCAAAUCCAAAGGAUAUGGGUUUGUUUCUUUCGUUAAAAAAGUGGAAGCGGAAAGUGCUAUCGGUGCCAUGAACGGACAAUGGCUCGGUAGCAGAAGCAUUCGAACGAAUUGGGCGACCCGCAAACCUCCUGCACCAAAAUCUGAAGCGAAUGCAAAGCCGCUGACUUUCGACGAAGUAUACAAUCAGAGUAGUCCAACAAAUUGCACGGUAUACUGUGGUGGACUAACUAAUGGUCUGACAGAAGAACUGAUGCAAAAGACUUUCUCACCUUUUGGAUCCAUCCAAGAGAUACGUGUAUUUAAGGACAAGGGUUACGCUUUCAUCAGGUUUUCUACGAAGGAAUCGGCAACACACGCUAUUGUGGCAGUGCACAACACUGACAUCAAUGGUCAAACAGUGAAAUGCAGUUGGGGAAAGGAGAGCGGAGACCCGAACAAUGCUCAACAAACUGGACAGGCGUUAUCGUCGGCGACGUACCCAUACUACGCGGCGGCAGCUGCUGCCGCCGCGGCGGCGGCGGGUGUCGCGGGUGUCGGAGGCGUCGGUGGCGUCGGCGGUACUGGACAGCUUGGAUACUGGUAUCCGCCCCAAUCUUAUCCCACGACAGCGACGCAGAUGCAGGCCGGUGGUUUCCUGCAGGGAAUGCAGGGAUACACUUAUGGACAGUUCGCCGGCUAUCAACAGGCGCAAUACAUGGGAAUGGGAAUGGGUGUCCACGCUGCUGGCACGGCAGCAGGUUGGGGCCAGGGAUUACCUGGGGGACCACAGUUACCGCCACACCACGCCACGACGGUCACGGCACCCCCAGGGGUACAAGCCGCACCUCCCCCACCACCACCACCGGCACAAAUGAUGGCCUACCCGAUGCAACAGUUCCAGGCACAGUGAUCGCUACACCUAUCAUCGCACGGUCUGGCUUAUCCUUACUUUCGAAUAUCUAUUUACAUCAAGAAAACUGCAUCUACGACCUGGCUCAACCUCGAAUUGAAGCAGCGAAUUGUCGUUGGAGUGCGUGUUUUUAAAAUGGGUACCAUCAUUCCGUACGAAAUGCAACUAAACGGAAGAGAAAAAUGUGCAGGGAACAAACGCAGAAAGAACGAACGAGAAUCUUUUUAUGUAGAUUUCCCCGUCGCCGGUAUUUCCGUUUCGAUUGCCCUGAGCCAUUAACCGUUUAAAUCCACAAGAAAGGUUAACUGAUUGAACACCACGAUCGCAUGAUUCAUAAGAUAUUUACAUGACACUGACAAUUUUCCUUCGCGCGUUCUCAUUAGUCAAGGCCAGACAAACACAGUUCGUGAAAUAAUAUCUCCGUUAAUUGUUCACACUUUCACAACUUCCGGGAACAAUUGAGGUUGAGUCACGGUAAAGGUAGAUUCAGAUCGAUUAGUCUCCUCGUGUAUAGAAUGUGAAGACAUGGAACGAAAGAUAUAGUGUGAGAAUAUGUGAGAGAGAAAGUGAGAAAGUCAGAGAAAAGAGAAGAUCAAAUGGCUUUAUAACUAAAGAGAGCUAGAGAUUGCGUGCGUAUGAGAGACGAGAGGAAGAUAACGAAAGAAUGAAGAAAGAAAGCUAGACAGAGAGAAAGAAGGAGAGGCAAGAAUGAUCGUGUGAAAGGGAGAGAAAGAGAGAGUUGUUCAGAAUAUUUCUAUUAUUUUCUUAAAAUUCGGACCAAGACUUAACCAGCGUUUGUGUGUUCAAAUGGUAAAGUGUGUUCUUGGUUGCGGUCCAGCUAGCGGAUGAGGACUGGCUGACGCCUAGCCUUCUAGUGUGAUGGUAAACAAGUACACCCCACCAACAGGAACAUCUUCUACAGCAACAACAGUUACUACCACCACCAUUAUCACCACCACCACCACCACCCCCACCACCACCACCACAACAACCAACAACAACCAAAAUAUUUUCAUCACCAUCGAGGGCACCGCGACAGCAAAAGCAACCAAAAUCAUGCCGGUAGCGGCUUGACGAAACAUAAUAUAAGACAGUGAGAGCAAGUUGAUCAGCAAAAAUAGUUAACGACCACUUAGCGAAACGAUGGCGAGGGAAACGGAAGAGGAUGAGAGAAAUGGAAAAGGGAAAGAGUCGAAUGGUCUUAUCUAUAAAUGUUUCUUAAAGCAACAUAAAAAAGAAGAUUAAAAGAAAAAAAAUGACGAAGAAAACGAAGAAAAAAAAAGAAAGUAAGAAAAAGAGAAUACUUCCACGCUCCCCGCAGAUUCUCACGUCCAGUGUAACCGGCAAUCUUUGAAAACGGGAAAGGAUGAAUGAAUGAAUGAAACUGGUACCGUCAUAACAAAUCGGAGGUAUCCUCUCGUCCAGUCUGUAGGAUAAACUGUAGUGUCUCUCUCGGCUUGAAUUAAUAGAUAGCGUUGCCGUCACGGUAGUGACAAAAGCUUCAGUAAUGAAACACGAAUUCCGGGGUACGUGGACCACCAUGUGAUCAUCGAAGACCGUUCGUAGCGCAAACAGUCGAUAUUUUGUGCGUCGCGGCGUUCGCUAACGGCUGAUUACAGCGCGGGCGGAGACACGAAUCGAGACGACGCGUGGGAGCUAAGCUCGUUAUUCACACUUCCCGCCGUUAAAAUCGAGACGGUCGAAAACUUCUGACGUCUCCCGAGGAUUGAGGGGGGAAGCGACGGAACGCUGCUAGGAUACCGACCCGUAACCCGGAUUCAUUAUUUUUGUAGUUUCGGCUUUAAAGAACAAGAGAAAAGAAAGAUGAACAAGCGAAAGACGCAAAAGAGCGGUGAAACGCGUCACUCACUUAAGGAAUGACGGUCGCCGAGGAAGCACGCGCGAUCGCGGUUGUAUAAAUCGAUGAGUACGAGGAGUACGAGAGAAAGAGAGCGAGAGCAUUAUUAAGAAAACAAAACGACAAAAAAAAA